UGGGAGGUCAAAAUGUACCCAUGACUGCUGUGUGGCCUGGUAAAUGCACACAUUGACCUGCACAAUCUGAUAUCCCCCAUCCCUUCGGGGCCAGGAGUAAUGGAAGAAAAUCCGGAAUCAAAGGUUAUUGUGGCAGUAAGGGUGAGACCACUCAGUGAAGAUGAACAGGCAAGGAAUGAGCAACGAAUUGUAUACUGCCCUGAUGAACACAGUCUGGUGUUGUGUCAGGAGGGGGUGGAGGAGAAGGCCUUCUCAUUCAACAUGGUGUUCACACCAGAGAGCUCACAGCAGGAGAUAUUUGAGUCCACAGGCAUGAGGAAGCUGAUCAGCAUGGCUAUCGAGGGGUACACCUGCACCGUAUUUGCUUUUGGCCAGACAGGCUCUGGGAAGACAUACACCAUCACUGGUCCACAUUCUCUGUUCUCUAGUGUCACAGAGGAGAGGGACGUGGAGGGGUUGAUGCAGAGGUCUGUGACUUAUCUGCUGCAGCAAGUGCACAUCUUAGAUGGGACCUUCAAGCUCUGUGCCUCCUACUCAGAAAUCUACAAUGAGCAGGUGCGAGAUCUGCUGAACCCAUAUCUGACCUAUUCCCUGGCUGUCCGUGGCAGUAGAACCGGUGGGUUCUAUGUGGAGAACCUGUCUGUGCUGGAGUUCUGUGACCUAGAGGAAUUCACCACUCUGCUGGAGAGAGGAAUGCAGAACAGACAGACGUCUUCCCAAAUCCAGAACGAGCACUCCAGCCGCAGUCACUCCAUUCUAACACUUUACAUCAAGCACACGUCAAGUGAUGCAGGGGCUCUAGUGGUGAGGCAGGGACGGCUAUGUGUGGUGGACCUGGCUGGCAGUGAAAGGGUUAAGGAUGGAGACUCCACUGAGAAGCUGCUGGAGGAGACGGGCAACAUCAACAGGAGUCUACUCACACUAGGCAAGUGCAUCACAGCACUGGUGGACCCUAAGAAGCGCAACGGCCACAUCCCAUAUCGAGACAGCAAGCUGACCAUGCUCCUGUCCGACUCACUGGGAGGCAAGGGCAUCACGCUCAUGAUUGCGUGUGUGUCCCCAGCAGCUGCCAAUCUCCAGGAGACCAUGAACACCCUGCGCUACUCCAGCAAAGCCAAGCGCAUCAGAAACAAACCUGUGGCCAAGAAUAAUUUCCGCGAGCAGAUCCUGGCCACUCUGCAACGAGAGAUUCGCCUCCUGAAGGAGGAGAACACCCAGCUCCGCCAACAUCUCCCCAAAUGCCUGGAGGACUGCGAAUCGGGAUCUAGUAUCAGCAGCAGCAGCACGGCAAGUGGCAGCACUGACCCGCUAGUGGAGGAUAUGAGGUCUGCAACCAAGUCCACCUCUGAGGCUGGCCUCAGGAGCCUCUUGCAGGACCUCAUGAGGGAGGUCGAUAAACUGCAGAGGGACAAGAGGGUUCUUCUGGACAAGCAGGAGAAUUCGGACCAGCAGAGGGAGCGCUUGUCCCAGGAGAACAGCAGACUCAUCCGCAAGCUCAGGGAUCUGGAGAGGGUGAUCUGUAGCUCCCCGUACUCCAGCAGCAGCUACUCCGGCAUGUCCCUGGAGAGCGGAGGCAGCUCGGGGAUCAGCAGCUCUGGGGUCAGCUCUCAGUCCAUGUCCCUCCCGUCCGGAUCUCAGCUCAGCACGCCUCCAGAACAGUCUCCGUCACAAUCACACUAUCCCAUAACGUUCUGUUGCACCUGCUCCACGGAAACGCACCACCCGACAUGUCAUCAUCAGCUGGAGAAUCAGCAUCUGCAGCAGCCUAAGAAGCUCCAGUGUGUCCAGCACAGCACCAGCUCAGACAGACACCCCGAGGCUGCCGAGAGACGCCCCAGAGCUGGACAAGAGGCCACAGGGGAGCAGCCUGUACCUGGAGCCCUUUCCCAGCACAGGAGGAGGAGGAGUCAAGGGGGCGGCUAUGCGGGGCGCUUUAAGGACAUGCUGGAGGCUCGGGCCCAGAAGGCCCAGUCAGCUGAUGGGCACAUUGGGCGCCCUCAUGGAGGACCAGCCCCCGCAGAACCUCCUCUAGUGGUCAAGAAGAAGAAUGACACCAACAGCUCGUCAAAUCAGUGAGACAUGGGGAUGUACUGUACUCAUCGUACUGUACUCUGUGUGUGUGUGUGUGUGUGUGUGUGUGUGUGUGUGUGUGUGUGUGUGUGUGUGUGUGUGUGUGUGUGUGUGUGUGCUCUGAAUGGUACAAUUCCCUGUCUAACACAGAACUCGGUUAAUUUUAUGUGCAACAUACUUCACUGUAUGAGAAAAAUAAUCAAGUGUAUAACACUGAUAUUUGAUUGUAAUAAAUGAUUCAAAUGGAUGCAUGGAUGCCACAUAAUGAUAGCA